AUGCCAACUUGUGUAGAAUGUGGGGCACCUGUGACGAAUCUUUAUACAGAAUAUAGUGAAGGAAACAUUCGUUUAACUCAUUGUGAAAAAUGUAAAAAAUUUGCAGAUAAAUAUGUUGAACACGAUUUUGUAAUAAUUUUUAUUGAUAUGCUUUUACAUAAACCACAAGUUUAUCGACAUUUAUUAUUUAAUCGAUUGGAAUAUAGAGAUUAUGGAAUUAAUGUAAAUAUUAAAUGGUUUCGUCUAGAGAAAUAUUAUAAUGCAUCAGAUAUUCCAUUCAUUGAACAACCUUUAUUUCUACAAUAUUUAUAUAUACUAUUUCUAUGUGUAAUAGAAUUUAUUGUAUUUCAAUUUGGUGUAAGGCUUGCUGUAAGUUUUUAUAUUGGUGAUAAAUAUGCAAUAGUAAAAUAUAAUUAUAUUACUAUGGCAUUAAUAAUUUCAAGUUUUGGUAAAAUUUUAUUAAUUUUAAUGGUAAUUUGGGAUUAUAAUGAAUUGGAAUAUUCAUGGUUAAUUAAUAUUGUUGUAUUAACCUCAAAUGUUGAAGCACUUGCAGUAUUUUUAAAUACUGGGUAUUUAAAAACUUUGUUAAUAAUGGUAUUUGGUUUGACCUUGAAAAUAUUAGCACAAAUGUUUUUUAUUCAAAGUUGA